AUGUCGCUGUGUUAACUGACAAACAAGCAAGGAAUAAAUUAUGCAAGUAUCCUAUUUAUUAAAUACGUUCAAGAGAACUCAGAAAUAAAAAAUCCCCAAAUGAUUAAUAGUCAUUUGGUUAAUAUGAUGACUUCAAUAAAGAUAAUAUGUAGAGAAUAGAUUCUUUCAGAUAGAAAUGUAGACCCAGCGUAGAUAUAAAACAUUAAAGGGCAAAAUCAAGUCUUGAAAAUAAAUAAUAUUCUUAUAGAUUCAAUAAGAGAAUGAAUGAUAAAGAUGAUUUAGAUAGAGAAAACUUAUUUAAUUAAUUUUUUAAACUUAACAAUUCAAAGAGUGAUAGUGAUUUUAUGAAAGAAUCUAUUUAAAGAGAUACUAAAAAAAAUUAGGAAGAAAAGGAUUUUUUAAAAUUUGUUGAAAAUGCCCUAGAAUACCAUUAAUAAUCUGAAGUUCGAAUUAUUAGACCUUCAACAAAUAAAUAUUGUUAGUUGGAAUAGAAACUCAAAGAAGUAACUUUAUCAAAUAGAUUGCUUGCUACUUAGUUAAAAUAACAAAAAUAAAAAGAAAGUGAUCUAAAACAUUAGAUGAAAUAAAUGUAGAAAGAGUUUUCAAUUCAAUAUAAUAAAAUAAUGUAAUAAAAUGCAUGGUUGGAAGAAUUAUUGGCAAAAUAAAAAAUAGAUAAUCAAAACUCAUUGUUAGCUGUAAAAAAAGCGGUUGAAAUGCUUUAAACAAAAUGCAAAUGUUAAAAAGGUAAUUAACUAUGUGAUAAAAUCUUAAGAGAUGCUAAAAUUUAGGAAAAAUUACGCUAGCAAUAUGAUUGGGAAUUAGAAUCCUAAAAAAUAAAAUCUUCAUCAGAAUUUACUAAUAUUAGUCAAGAAGAUUAAUAAAUACAUGAAUAAAAUUAUAAGUUCUAUGAAAAAAAUAGAAGAAAAUCAAUAUCGAAGGUUUAACAUAAUUCAAUUUAAUCAACUGAUGAUUAGUAAGAUUAAAUGGUAUAGAGUUACAUUCAAGGAUAAAGCAAAAACUUGAGAGAAUAUACAAAAGAAUUAUUUUAAAAAAAAAGGUAAUUUCAAGAGCCAUAUUACAUCGAAGAGGAAAAUACAAUCAAUAGUAAUUGA